UGGCUCAAAGGGAAUGCUUUCCCCUGUCCUGAGGCACGUGAUCAAGGGCGACAUUUGUGCUUCAAGAUGGCAGAGGAUGAAUAUGUUACGGCCACCCAAGAGACGAUCGGGACUCUCAUCACGAAGCCCAAAAUGACUGAGAAGUACUUGAAAAAGCCUCCAUUCAGGUUUCUUCAUGAUAUCGUGAUGGAAGUCACCAAGAAGACAACCUUCGGGCAAGGUCUUUUCAGCCCAGAGGAAUGCGAUGCAGCCAAUCUCUCCGAUAAGACGGCUAAGCUGGACUUCCUCAACAAAGCCAUCAGCGUCACAUGCUUCGCGCUGGGGGAGACGAUUGAUGUCUCAGCCAACAAAAUUGUGGCCGGUCUAGAGCCGGAGAAGACCAACGCGUGGCUACAGAGGCUGCAUGCGGCAGCGACCACCUGCGCCGGAGAGAAGUCCGAUGCAGCAGUGGCACGGGUCCAAAGCGGGGAGCUGAUUGGAGCGUCGAAGGAGAAGAAAAAGAAACCCAAGGAAGAAGGAGCAGCCGCUCCUCCUCCACCACCUGCAGAAGCUGAAGCCGCUCCUGCUGAUGAGGAAGCCAAGAAGAAGGAAGAAAGGAGGAAGAAACGGGAAGAGGAGAAGAAGCGCCAGGAAGCGGAGGCAGCUGCUGCUGCUGCCGCGGCAGAGGAGCCUGCAGCGCCGCAGGCUCCCCCGCCGCCAGAUGAAGAGGAAGAGCGAAAGAAGGAGGAGAAGCGCAGAAAGGACGAGGAGCGCCGCCGGCGAAAGGAGGAAGAAAAGCGGCGCCAGGAGGAAGAGGAGCAGCGCCGUGCCGAAGAGGCCGCGGCAGAGGAGCAGCGUCGCGCCGAGGAAGCCGCGGCGGCGGAGGCGGCGCCAGGGACGGCGGAGGAGUUUCAGGAGGCGCCGCCCGUGCCACCGGGCACCAUGUCCGAGGGCCCCUACUCCACCACCGACGAGAUUGCGCAGCGCGCGCAGGACGCGCUGGCGCAGCGGGCGCAGGACACCGGGCGCCCACGGACCGCAGGGCGGAAGCCGCCGAAGGUCACGUCGAAGGUCACGACCACCGAACAGUCCACGGCGCCGUCCAACGUGGCAGCACCAGUGGUCAUUGCCGAAGGGACGCAAGGGGACGAUGAUCAGGAGGAUAUGUUCGAGACGGGUGGCGUGCAGCCAGGGGCACCACCUCCUCCACCCCCUCCUGUGGAUGAUGGGGGCCAGCAUGGGGCGCUGGUGAGUGACUUGUUGGCGGAGAAGAAGAGGGAGGAGGAGCGUGAAAACCGAGACCGUGAGAGGUUGAAGAAGGAGGAGGAAGAGACGAGAGAGGAGUUUGACGACGGCAAGGGCAUCAAGAUGAAGCUCCGAAGAAAGAAGGACACAGGCAGUAGCCUGGCCGAGGUAGACCCGGUGAAGCUGGGCGAGAACAUCCAGAGCUUGUGUCAAGCAGCCAACCCCCUGGGCAAGUCGAUUGACUUGGUGCACCAGGAUAUCGCCAACAUGGGCAAAGAGUUGGACCAUUGGAAGCAGGCCUAUCGCGAGGCCAGCGACGCUUACACCAGGCAGCUGAAGAUGACCGAGGAUCAGCUACAACCUCUCUAUCAACAGAUAGCAGAGCUGGAUGACAAGAUUGCGGAACAGAGGUCGAAGAUCCGGAAUAGCAGGUCCAGGAUCUCCAAGAACGAUCAGAAAGUUCAGCAGUUGCUGGAGUCGGUGGUCAUGGUGCGGUGAAGGUCAUGCGGCCCGAGGAGCAUGUACAGUGAAGACCCUCGGGACCCAGGGCCGUUAUGGUGAUCUCAAAAAGGGACAGUGAAGAAGAC